UAGGGCUGCUGCAAAGGAAAAUAGGUCACAUCCAUCAAAUUCAGUGUCUAUGUAAAGCAUGGCUCGAGAAAUGGCACGCUUACGGCGUGCAAAUGAAAGUCUGCAACGAGACAACCGUGCAAAGGAUAUUGCUACAGAUUUGAUAUUGGGACUUUAUCAGGACUUAGGAAAGGAAAUACCAGAUCAUCUGCAAAGACGUCUAUCAGCUGCCCAAGCAAUUGCAACAAGUUCAUCUCAUGUUGGCUCGGAGUCCCCUAACAACAUGGAUGUUAAUGGCCACAAUGGUGAGGACCUCGGCGGCACAAACAUUGAUAACACUCAUGGCAGCAACCAGCAUUGCGGAAACAAUGCUUUGUCUGAUGAUGCAACUUGAUUAUAGUGGAAGCAAUGCAAUAUCUGAUGGUGCAGCUCCAUCUUUUGAAAAUAGAAUCACAGUUCACAGUUCAUCUUUUGCAGUGCUGCGCCUAUAUAUGCAUGCAUGCACUUUGGUAGAUUGGUAGUAUGACUCUAGAUAGUACUAUGCUAGAAGUUUAGGGGUUUGGUGGGCUGCUUAUUUUGCUAACCGUGUACUGAUUGAUGCCAACAACAUUUGGACAUGAUGUCAUGAUAUCUGUGCAAUGGUGAAUGUGGGUUUUAUGUGCCAUUAUGAACAA